AUGUCUACUUCAGAUAGGGAGUGGAUGGACCCACAGCUAUCUUCCCAUAACGGCGUAUUCUCACUAAUUUUGCAACGAAUGAUGCUAGAAGCUCAUGCAGCAAAUGGGACUAUUCUGCCUAACUUUGGUCACGUAUAUCCAGCCACUAAAGACAUUUCCAUGCCUCUGCUUCCACUUUCAAGAGGAGAUUCAAGGGCCGGCAACGUUUCGCCCUCCAUGCAAUUAUGGCGUAAGGAUAGCAUUUGCGCACACAAACGACGAAAUUUGGAAAUGAAGAUAUCGAUGCUGAAGAAGCGCAAGGAACGCCAAGUCGAAGCAGAAGGGAUGGACUCGAAGAGAAGCAACAGUAGCGUGGAUGUGGUCAAAGAAGAAAACGUCGCAUGCGAGGGUGGGGAGGCGGAGGACGCUGAAAGCAGCGUUAAGAGUCCUGGCACGAAAGAAGAAUGUAUUAUUGAUUUGGUAGGUAGUGACGAAAUGGACGUGAGUACUGAACAGGUUUUCAAAUCGCCUCAUGCUGCAGACGUCCACUUCAAGAAGGCUCACAAGAAACCAGCCGUUAGGCCUCCAACCGACUGCGAAGAAUGUGGCAAACGGUUCGCUUCCGCUUUCCAACUUCGAGAGCAUAUAUCGAUCCAACAUUUGAAGGAGCGCAAUUUUGUGUGCGAAGAGUGUGGCCAGAAGUUUGGCAGACGAGGCGGACUUCGGCGUCAUGUGCAAAUGGUGCACCAAAAUCAUCUUCACAUGUGUCCUUACGAAGGAUGCGACCAUCCAGGCUACAAAUGCAGUAAGGCAUUAACCGCUCAUAUUCGCUCUGUGCACACCAACAUUAGACCUUACGUAUGUGAAACGUGCCAGAAGGCAUUUGUGCGCCGUAAUGACUUGAAAAUGCACACGUUGACGCAUACUUCCGAAACGGCUUUUCACUGUGAAUGCGGCAGCAAAUUUCGACGGCUGAUCUACCUCAAAAAACAUCAGCGGCUGUGUACAUCUCGUAGUAAUACCGCUAAGGAUGCUAAGCAGGAACUUUUAGAUGACUCAUAUGAAGGUAACGAUGACAUUGACGACCACGAAUUGUGA